CGCAGUGUCCCCGGGCCAAGAUGGCGGCGCGGUGUAGCACACGCUGGCUGCUGGUGUCUGUGGGGUGCCACCGGUUGCCGGCAAUAGCGGGGAGAGGGGCUCGGCCGCCCAGGGAAGGAGGAGUGGGGACGUCGCUGGGCCGCCAGCUGAGCGUCCUUGCCUUCGCGCCUUCCCUGGGCGCUCGCAGUCCCCGGGCGCUGCUGACAUUGAGACCCGGUGUCAGCCUCACAGGAAUAAAAGGUUAUCCAUAUAUUUGUACUGCUUCCUUCCACACAAGCGCCCCUUUGGCCAAAGAAGAUUAUUACCAGAUUUUAGGAGUGCCUCGAAAUGCCAGCCAGAAAGAUAUCAAGAAAGCUUAUUACCAGCUUGCCAAGAAAUAUCACCCUGACACAAACAAGGAAGACCCCAAGGCCAAGGAGAAGUUCUCACAGCUGGCGGAAGCCUACGAGGUGCUGAGUGACGAGGUGAAGAGGAAGCAGUACGACGCCUAUGGCUCUGCUGGCUUUGAUCCUGGGGCCAGCAGCUCUGGGCAGAGCUACUGGCGAGGCGGCCCCACUGUUGACCCUGAGGAGCUGUUCAGGAAGAUCUUUGGGGAGUUCUCCUCAUCUUCAUUUGGAGAUUUCCAGAGCGUGUUCGAUCAGCCUCAGGAAUACAUCAUGGAGUUGACAUUCAAUCAGGCGGCCAAGGGCGUCAACAAGGAGUUCACCGUCAACAUCAUGGAUACCUGUGAGCGAUGCGACGGCAAAGGGAAUGAGCCCGGUACCAAGGUGCAGCACUGCCACUACUGCGGCGGCUCCGGCAUGGAAACCAUCAACACGGGUCCUUUUGUGAUGCGCUCCACGUGCCGAAGAUGUGGUGGCCGUGGCUCUAUCAUCACAACCCCCUGUGUCGUGUGCAGGGGAGCAGGGCAGGCCAAGCAGAAGAAGCGGGUGGUGAUCCCUGUGCCUGCAGGAGUUGAAGAUGGCCAGACCGUGAGGAUGCCUGUGGGAAAAAGAGAAAUUUUUGUGACAUUCAGGGUGCAGAAAAGCCCUGUGUUCCGGAGGGACGGCGCAGACAUCCACUCCGACCUCUUCAUCUCUGUAGCUCAGGCCAUUCUUGGGGGCACGGCCAGAGCUCAGGGCCUGUACGAGACAAUCAAUGUGACGAUCCCCCCUGGGAUUCAGACAGACCAGAAGAUUCGACUGACUGGGAAAGGCAUCCCCAGGGUUAACAGCUACGGCUAUGGAGAUCACUACAUUCAUGUCAAGAUCAGAAUUCCAAAGAGGCUAACAAGCCGGCAGCAGAGCCUGAUCCUGAGCUAUGCUGAAGACGAGACUGAUGUGGAGGGGACGGUGAAUGGUGUCACCCAGACGAGCACUGGUGGCAGCACCACGGAUAGCUCCGCAGGAAGCAAGGCUAGGCCCGAGACUGGGGAGGACGAGGGAUUCCUUUCCAAACUUAAGAAAAUGUUUACCUCCUGAUAUCCCAGCUGAGGAAAGCGCUCAACCGGAAACUAGGCAAGGAAGCAGCAGCCCCUCCUUAUGGCCAAGGCAUCUUGGAGACAAGAAGAUUCUAGAAAAGCAACACUGAGCCCCGCCUGCAGAACCCUUCUGAGCACUUGGCAACAGCAAAAUCAUGUGACAACACAAAUCUCUCCAGAAGGUCCUGGUGGGCAGCCCGCACAGAAGGAUGAGUGGCAAGGGCUAUAAAGGGCUCCUAUCCGCAGGUGGGUGACUCAGCCUCUCUGGCUCUGACAGGGUAAGAUCCCUAGACACUUCUUGGAGCACUAAACUCUGAUUUGGAAUCAAGUGUGGUGGAGGUCAUGGUUAGAGAACUGAAGGCCACGCUUACAGCUUAACAGUGAAGCCUUAAGCUGCACCGAGUUGUGAAGCAAUUUCUUUCCCUCUGAGCACCCCUGUGGGUGGUUCUGGAAAGAGUGCCUUCUGACAAGUUGUCUUCACCACACGCCCACCGGCACCAUCCUCCCUUACACAUUGAACCUUAGCCGCAGUCCCCAAGGGCAUUGGGAAGCUGGAGAGCUGGUAUGUGGGGUAUGGGGAGAUGCUGGUGAAGACCAAAGCGCUCCUGGAAGCUCUGCUCCUGACCACAUGUAUGGUGGUCUGGGCAGAUUGGGCAGUCCUUCUAGACCCUGGUCCUCAUCUGUUAAGUUGUGUUGUCUUGAGUAGAUGUGUUGACUCCUGCCAUUCUGCUGCGCCACCACCACUGUGGCCCUGCCAGGCCGACUUCAACCACAGUGGAUACUCGGUUCUCCCCACUUACACUGUUGACAUCUGUUUUCCAGAGUGUGGUUAGAUUAUUCAGUGCUAAGAAUCACAGUCUUUGCCUGUGUGAAUGUUGGUUCAGGAAGCAGAGCAGCAUCUAAGCAGUUGUCAUUGAGCUGGAGGACAAGGCCCGUCCGUCUCUGCUCGUAGCUUUGCAGUUUCUGUGUGUUUCUGCAUCUUCAAGCUGUUGUAAGGAAGGUUAAUGAAGAAUGCUUCUUGGCCAUUUCCUUUCCGUUCCUUUAUAAUUUACAAAAAUAAAACAUCUAUUAGUGUCUGA